AUGGCCGGGACGCGGGCAAACCAUAGACUGCAGGUUGGAUCGCAACCAUGGAUAGCAGAAGAACGCGCUUCCGCGCUUCAAAUUGCGCAGGCGGAAACCGAAGAGUUUACGUUUUCGGCAAGAAAUGACGUGGAGUGGUUGAAUGAGCACAUGGCGGAGAUAUUCAGCGAGAAUAAUGUAAACGUAGCGGAGAUAUUUAAGACCCCAGGAAAAUUACGAGGGAAAACACCAAGGACGGCGCGAAAGGCCAAUCCACUCGAGACGCGUCCACCGUUGACAGAUGUCUUUUCUUCCACGCCUCGAGGCCAGCCCAGCCCUUUCAAACAAGCGCAUUUCGAACGACCAGUCGCGACUUUUCAGGUGGCCGAAGAUGCACCAAGUCCAACAGCAGAGAAAUCUUCACCGGAGAGGGCACCACAAGUUCAGAGCCCAAUUCAACGGAAGCCUGUUGCAAAUCACAACGCUUACGAUUCGGGAUACUUUGGAAGUCAGUCUCAAAAUGUUCAUGCGACCCAGUUGUCCGAGUAUGCGGAUACGCAGGUUACAAUAGCGAACACGCCAGCAAGACCCGACGUAAGACAGAUAUUCGCCGUCCAAGAAGACGCUACUGUAAAUCGUGAAUCAGACGGCUCAUUUAAGUCUGCUGAGGAGCAACAAGGCAAUCUACAACAGCCUGAUGAAAUGGAAGUUGACACAGAAAACGCGCCUUUAACAGAAUUACAGGCUACGGUACAUCCAGUUCUGGAAUCACCUUUACAAACACGGGCUCAACCAGCUUCAUCUCCCCACAAGAGGUCGCCCCAAAGAUCUCCUCAACGGUCACCAGAUCGCCUUACUGAAACUCUUCAAUCCUCACCCCCCAAGAUUGAGCAACGCAGCGAUGAACCUGAAGCAAUAGUGGAGGAUGAGCCUCUUGAGGAGGAGCCUGCGGAUGAUGUACACUCUCAGUCAGAUGGAUCAAGUCCAAUUAGACCAAUAGUUCGGAAAAGCAGUCUGAAUUUCGCGUCACUACCAGCACGCGAGCCGAUCACUACCAAGAAGAGUCUGGGAGCACGAACUUCUAGAACAAGUCAUCUAGAUCAGAACAGAACAAGUUAUUAUGGCCGCGCCACUGGUGGAAAGAGCCUCGGGAAUGUGCGACAGGACGAGGAUUUGCGGGACGACGACGAUGCUGACAUCGAUAUGGAGGAUGAUUUAACUGUAAAUGACGCCGAUUCGAAAAUUGCACGUCUCCAUAACAAGACAUCUACGCAACGCCUCCAGGACCAGAUAAGUAAACUUGGCCAAUCUCAGACUCAAGCACGACCGGCUUCCAAAUCGAUUAUUGCUGGCGGGCUCUCUGUUUCUCAGAGCAGCCAGUCAUCACAACCUGCACCCGUGCAAGAAACGGCUCCAAGAGCCAAAUCUCCCCAACGCUCGCCGGAACGAAAAUCCCGCCCCCCUCCCGGUGCAUUCCCUGAUGAUGAGGAAGAUAGUUGGAUUGGUCCGCCAACAGUCACAGAGAAUUUUACUGUGUUCAGCCCGAGACCUCAAUUGCCAAAGAGUCAUACAACAGACGUAAUGGAGGGUAUUCAUAGGGCCAGUAUUGCCGACUCGCAAUUUACUAUUCCCAAACGAGGGGAUGAUCAAACCCAGCGAUCUCCAAUUCGCGAACCUAUCAUCCCAGAAAGAACGACGAGCACCUUGGGCCAUAUCAAAUCUGUAUCGACGUCUGUUCUAAGAUCACCAAGGAAGGCUGGGGAAUCUCCAGGUUUCCAAAAGACCAUUUCUGUUUCAAAUCCUACCAUGAGUAGUAUCGAUGAGAGACAUACAACUCCUCCAAAGUCACCUACUAGAAGUUAUCGUGGAAGUCCUUUGAAGGCUGCUAAGGAUAAAUUCUCUUCCAUUAUGAAGACGUCUCGGAGUCUCUUUGCCAGCAGUGCCGCUGUGAGUGCAGAUGCAAAGACCUCAACUCUGACCCCUUCCUCGAACCGAUUUGCCACCGGCCACCCCGGACAUUCCUUCGAGGACGUUUUCGCUCAAUCUAAUGACAAGGCCCCUCUAUACCCUGUUUUGGAUAACGGAUCUACUGCUACGGUAAACACUAUUCAAGCUCCUUCUAGCCCCCCAAAAGCUGUUCCACGGAAAACGAGAGCAUCCACCGAGCGAGAAGAGCGACAAAAGGAAGAAGAGGCAAGACAAGUUAAAGAAGCAAAAGAAGCUCAGAAAAUGGCUAACCAGCUUGAAAAGGCUCGACUCAAGGAGAAGGACAAAGCACGCGUGUUUCAUCAAGAACAAGAACGUGUUGCACUUAUGCAGAAGGAGGUAGACGCACGCAAGGAUCAGGAGAAACAAGCAAAAGCCAGUCAGGUUGAUAUCCCAAGGGCUACGAGAAGCAGUCCUCGCAAAACAAAAGCACAGCUGGAGGCUGAAGGUAUUGCUUCGGCGGCAGCGAGUACUGAGGAUUUUAUUCGAGACGCAGAAAUGAGUGAUGCGUCGGCAAUGCCACCACCCGCAAUUCCACGACCGAAGUCUCAAAUCGGUCGCCCCGGGCCAAAGAGACCCCUAAGACCUGCAAAAGAGACGCUGGCCAAAGCAAAACCGCCAACCGUUAUCAAGGUUGAUAUGCAGCGAGGUCAUCAAUACCACCCCUCGAAUACAACUUUAGCUGCGACUCUCCAGGAGUCUCUUUCCGCACCGUCUGGGCGACCCGGUCUGCACAAAAAGGCUAGUACAAGCUCUAUCCAGGGCAAAGCGUCGGUCUCAAGCUUCAAGGCAACAGCAAGCCGAGCGAUUGAGGCUGCCGCACGAAAGAAGGAACAGGACGAAAUUGCCGCUCAGAGAAAGCGACAACUGAAAGAGGAGAAUGAAAGGCAGCGAGCAGCGCUGAAGGAGGAGAAUGAAAGGCAGCGAGCAGCGCUGAAGGAGGAGGAGCGCCGAAAAGAAGAGCAACAACGCCGACAAGAAGCUGAGCGGCAACGAGAGUUGAAAAAUGAGAGGGAACGGGUUGCAAACGCAGCCGAUGCGAAGAAAGCUGCUUCACGACAAGCUAUGGAAAAGAGAAGACUAGAGCUUGAGAAAGCCAAGCAGAUGGGUGCUCCACCGCCAGCUUCUCGUAGUUUGCACGACAAAGCACUACCUCCUGUCCCACGUGGUGAGGCCAGCCAGUCAAAGCCAGUCCGACAACAGGAAGAAAUGGGAAGACCAGCCAGUCAAGCCUCCCACAAUGUAGCCAAACCUCUAUCGAAGAGACCUCUUCAACAAGAGGUGGGCGAAGAUCAGGCCAGGCCCGCAAUUCAGCGAAAUGGUCCUUCAUAUGAGCAACUACAAUCGAAGCGACGCAAGACCAGCGAAAGAUUUGAAGACGAUGAAGACAUGACCGAAAAUCAGCCAAGAAUGAACGCUCCUCCUAUCCGGCAGUCAAGUAGCAGGCCAAAGGAUAAUCAACCUAAAUCCCUCUUCCCAAGUGGAUAUGCUAAUGCUUCAUUAUCGAACAACCUCCAGCGAUCAACUAUUCUUGCACAGCAUAACAUGACUCACUCAAAGCCUGCCCAUCCGAUGGAUAUGGCUCAAAUGUCCAAAGGACCUAUUCCUUUCGCCUCGAGCACCAAUCAACCGAAAGCUCAACCAUACAAGACUCCAAUUCGACCUGGUGGAGUCAAAGGAAAUAUGAAAUCUGCGGCCAAAUCAUCUCCUCAAUAUCAAAAUGGCGAGACUAUUGAUCUUCCUGAAAUCAAUACCGAUUCCGAGGAUGAUGAUGAGGAUGAAGAUGACUCGGCGAAGAAACCAGCAUUCAAGGGUGCUUCGUGGAUCGAGUCUCCAGCUUUACGAAAGCAACUUACUGAGCAGGAGAAUAUCGAUCCUGCUACCAUUUUCGGUCAAGCAGAUGAACACGUGUUUGAUAUGGAGCAAGUAUUCAACAAGAGCAAAGACAAGUUCCCGAAAUUCAGAGACAGGACUUCUAGUGCCAAUUGGGGUGGAAUUGAUCGAUUGACGGAGGAUGAGAUCCGCAAAGAUUUACAAGCGAGACAGAGGAUGCAAAGAGCUGGUGGAUGGGAGUACAACUCAAUGGUUUGA